GAUUACAAUGAAGAGGGAAGUAGGAGCAGGGGAGGGCAGGUCGGAGUCAACGCGGGUGUGGGUGUGGCCUCCUGGCGGCUGCCAAAGUCUCGGGCUUCCAGGUUCUUCCAGUUUGCUCACGCCCUACCUGGGGCCUUAGGAGCUGUCUCCGCCCACCCCCACCCUCCGCAACCCCCAACCUGGGUGACUAAGCGAACUACCGUUCGAGAGUGCGUCCCGGACACCGGGCAGAGGCUCGUGUCGUCUGGGACAAAGAAGUCCGUCAGCAGAGGGAGCCGCCGGGACUGGGCCAGCCGCGUGGAGCGCCUGGGAGCAAGGAGAAGGAGCCAACGUGCGGAGAUGGAGGCGGUCAGCACCUGGGCGCUGCUGUUGGUGCUGCUGCUCCUGGUGAUACCGCUGAUGCUGUCCUGGACCCGGACCCCAGGCCACCUGCCCCCGGGGCCCGCGCCGCUGCCUCUGCUGGGGAACCUCCUGCAGCUCCGGCCCGGGGCGUUGUACUUGAAGCUCUUACAGCUGAGUAAGAAGUACGGACCAGUGUUCACUGUGCACCUGGGACCCUGGCGGCGUGUGGUGGUCCUGACUGGACACAAGGCUGUGCAGGAGGCCCUGGGAGGUCACGCUGAGGAAUUCAGUGGGCGGGGCAUGUUGGCGACGCUGGAUGGGACCUUUGACAGCCAUGGGGUUUUCUUCUCCAAUGGGGAGCGAUGGAAGCAGCUGAGGAAAUUCACCACCAUGGCUCUGCGGGACCUGGGCAUGGGGAAGCAAGAAGGCGAACAGCUGAUCCAGGCGGAGGUCCAGUGUCUGGUGGAGGCGUUCCAGGGGACAGAAGGACAACCAUUUGACCCCUCCCUGCUGCUGGCCCAGGCCACCUCCAAUGUCGCCUGCUCCCUCACCUUCGGCCUCCGUUUCCCGUACGACGACAAAGAGUUCCAGGCCGUGGUCCGGGCUGCUGCUGGCACCCUGCUGAGCAUCAGCUCCCCAUGGGGCCAGGCCUAUGAGAUGUUUUCUUGGCUCCUGUGGCCCCUUCCAGGCCCCCGCACACAGCUCCUCAGCCACUUGAGCACCCUGGCCUCCUUCGCUGUUGAGCAGGUGCAGCGGCACCGGGGGAGUCUGGACACCUCAGGCCCUGCACGUGAUGUGGUGGAUUCCUUCCUGCUGAAGAUGGCAAAGGAGGAACAAGACCCAAACACAGAAUUCACUGACAAGAACUUGCUGAUGACAGUCAUUUAUCUGCUGUUUGCUGGGACAGUGACAGUCAGUGCCACAGUCCGAUACACCCUCCUGCUUCUGCUGAAAUACCCUGAGGUCCAAGAGCGUGUGCGGGAGGAGCUGACAAAAGAGCUGGGGGCUGGCCGGGCACCAUGUCUCGGGGACCGAGCCCGCCUCGUACACGACGCGGUUCUGCAUGAGGCGCAACGGCUGCUGGCACUGGUGCCCAUGGGGAUACCCCGUGUCCUCACAAGGCCCACCUACUUCCGAGGGUACACCCUGCCCCAGGGCACUGAGGUGUUCCCUCUCUUGGGUUCUGUCCUUCAUGACCCGGAGGUCUUCAAGCAGCCAGAGGAGUUCAACCCAGGUCGAUUCCUGGAUGCAGAAGGAAGGUUCAAAAAACAGGAAGCGUUCCUGCCCUUCUCCUUAGGUAAGCGUGUCUGCCUUGGGGAGGGCCUGGCCCGAGCAGAGCUCUUCCUCCUGGUCACCGCCAUCCUGCAGGCCUUCUCCCUGGAGAGUCCAUGCCCACCAGGUGCCCUCAGCCUCCAGCCAGCUGUCAGUGGCCUUUUCAAUAUCCCUCCUGCCUUCCAGCUGCAAGUCCGGCCCCGCUGACCUCCACCCCACCCCAUAGUGUGGACCAGAUGAAGGAGAGGGCCUUGGGAGGUGGCAGCCUCAACUUUGGACAUGGACAUGGCUGUUUCCAGAGCCACAAGUCUACACCGCAGGCAGCUACAUUCACACACCUAUAGUUGUUUUCUAGAGUUGGUCAUACAGGUAUUCAGCCUACUUCUUCACAGGGCCACGCUCAUUGGUCCACGCAGCUGUCAGACACGCAGCCACACACAAGAAGGCCACAAGGCCACUCAAGCUUUCUACAGACAUCGUCUAUUGGAAUCACAACCACAUGCUCAGAUAACCUACUAACUCACACACAACACAACUCGCCUGGACUCGCAACCCACACGUGGGAGUUCAGCUGCCACCUUCACAAAGCCACCAAAACAGCCACUGUGUUCAGCACCCACACACCUUCGUCAGUCAUCAAACUUACCAGUGCCACCAUCUCUGGGAGCCUGGUGCAUAGAACAUGCCCCCUCCUGGGUCAUGUCACCUCCCAGAGAGACUGUCCCUGUCCUCAGCCCUCAAAUGACCACACCCUGUCCAGGCACAUGACCAUCACCAUCCACACACCCCCAACCACUAAGCCACUCAGCCAGCCCACGAGUGACGUUGUCCUAGCUCCUGACUAUCUUCCCACAGAGACACCCCACUCCCACUGAGUCAUAGCCUGCCUCUGCACCUUCAGCCCUCAAGGACACCCUUUUCCAAGUAUCCUAACUCCAAAUUCUUCCAAAUACAAAUACACCCCCAGUGUGCAGUUGUGCACACAGGCCUGGGAACCAAGUAAACUUGGACACACAAGGACCCUCAGAUCAGAGGAACCUUCCACGCACUCCAGCUUAUAUAACCGUGUUGAAAGCCUCCCUUGCCCCUUCUGCCCCCGCCCCCAAUGCACACAGUGACCCACCAGCCCUACUCAAAGUCCUAGUUAGACUCACUGGAAGGGGCUAGACAACCAAGUAGGGGCCAGAUUUCAACUCCUUAUGUCAGGGAAGAGGCCAGGUCUGCUGUCCUUGGACUGGAAGGUCCGUGUUUUGCAAUAAAAGUUUGUUUCUGGCCCCCGGUCCAGCCCCGUGGCAGGGCCGUGUGUGUGUGUGUGUGUGUGUGUGACAGUGUCCAUCAUUGUAAGGGGUGGGAAUGGAGGGUCCACCCCUCCCUCGAGGCUGGGCGGGAGCUGAAAAACAUGGCCCCCGCCCACCCUGGCUGUUGACAUCAGUACCAGAUGUGAGGUUGGGGGAGGGGGGCCUCUUCUGGACUCACUUCCGGUGAGGCAGAUGAGGGAGGGCUGGGGGGGGCAGGGAGAAGGUAACGGCAGAACUGCAUGCCUGUGGGUGGGGGUGCCUCUGCCAGAGAAGCCUGAAAGUGAUGUAUCCAAGCCCUGGGAACUCUCCCAAUCUGAAAGCAGAUGCUGAAAUACAAACCCUAACCCUACGCCCGCCUCUUCCACUAUCCUUUUUCUCCUGCCUUCUCUAAGAAAAGAAACGAGAAGCAUCUUUUUAUUUGUUAAUUAUCUAUUAAGGAAGCUUUUAAACAAAAGUAGAGAGACUAGUACAAUAAACCCCACUGGCCUCAUUUGGUAAUCAUCCCCUCUCUGCUAUUUUUAUACCGUUUUCUGCUAGUUUUAUUUCAUCCAUCACCCUUAUAAUUAUUUUUAAAUCAUUGAAUAUGCAUUUCUAAUAGUAAAGAACAUCCCCCCACAAAGUUUUAUUACGUGAAUUUUCAAACAUGCAGCAAAGUUGGGGGAAUUACACGAGGAAGCCACCCACUCUUCCGUGUGCCACUGCCUGGAUUUGGUUUGCUUUAGCACAUUUCUAUCCACCUGUCCAUCCAGCUAACUUUGUUAGGCGUUUCAAAGUAAAAUGCAGAUACCAGUUUAUCUGCCCCUGAAUGCUUCAUUCAGCAAUGCAUGUAUCAUUAAAGUCUUUUUUUCUAGUUUUCCACAAUAUUAUCCCUUUAUUUUAUUUUAUUUAUAUGUAUUUAUUUAUUUUGGCUUAAGUUCUAUAGAGGUAGCCCAGAACAGUGAUAUAGAGAAUUGAAAGAUGAGAGUAGGAUCAGAUCCUAACUUUGCCACUCUAAAGCUAAUCACCCCUUGACUUAGAGUAUAGCAUCUAAAAGACUAAAAUGUGAAAAAUUCUGGGACUCAAUCGGAACAAAAUACAAGCUAAGUCCGUGGGUUUGCUAUUAUUACGGAUUUUUUAUGCAUCAAUGUUGUGGACAAAAAAAGGGCCACAUACUAAACCUGACAAGUGUGGCGGGCCUUACAAACUCUGAGACUGAAAGUAACCACGCAGGAUGGUCUGGACAUAAAAAUUCCUAACUAAAAGGGACUCAUGGCGGGUAGUCCCAUCCUAGGCCUGUAGCCUCCUUGACAAACAUCAGUCUUUGCCUUAAGAAGCCUGUCUUUUUGCAUCUAACAUAACAAAGCUUUGAAAUGUCAGAGUAAUCUCUUUUUCCAGACCCCUGGGCACAAGCGCCAGCACCAGAGCGCGACAUCACAGAACCCCUCUUGUUAUCUUGUUCUCCGCAUACCAUCUCUGUGUACUACAAAUGUUAAUUCUUAACUAUCCUGUACUCGCCAAUGUAAAAGGAGUAUGUGUCUCUCCGUUUUACUUUUUAUACAAUCCCAGAGAUUUCCCUCUUUGCUUUCUCUCGUCCCCUUAAUCUACCACCAAUGGAUUCCAUGUAACCCUCCUUACGUCUCCUUUGAUUCUAAUGUCUAAAAGAAGCUGCAAAACUCCAUUCUCUGGAGUGUUUCUCAGUCCGUUGAGAUUUUGCUUCCCAGUGAUUGUCAGUUUGGCUCAAACUCUCAAAAGUUCUCUAGGGGUGGCUGAAUAGCUCAGUUGGUUAGAGCACAGUGCUCUUAACAAGGUUGCCGGUUCGAUCCCCGCAUGGGCCACUGUGAACUGUGCCCUCCACAACUAGAUUGAAACAACUACUUGAC